CAACAUAGACAAGAAACAUCCUCAGUCCACUCAAAACAAAUCAAUGGCCAUUGCUUCUUCUUCCUCUUCACUCAUUUCCACAUUCUUCUUCAACUCUUCCUCAUUCCCUCGCUCUUUAACAACCAAACCCAAAUCCCUUCAUCUUCAUCACACACCAACUCACUUACUUUCUCACCCCACCCUUUUCCUCUUACACCCUCCUUCAUCAACAAAACCACCACUUUCACUUCCAAAACUCACUAUACCAAAAACAUGCUUUGAUUCUGUUCUCAUUCUAUGUACUUCACUUGCUCUAUCUUUGACUCUCUUCAUUUCAAAUGUUGAUUCAGCUUCUGCUUUUGUUGUAACUGCUCCUAGGAAGUUGCAGACUGAUGAACUGGCUACUGUUCGUUUGUUUCAAGAGAAUACUCCUUCUGUUGUUUAUAUAACUAACCUUGCUGUUAAGCAGGAUGCGUUUACUUUGGAUGUGUUGGAGGUUCCUCAAGGAUCUGGGUCAGGUUUCGUUUGGGAUAAGGAUGGUCAUAUAGUCACCAACUAUCACGUUAUCAGGGGUGCUUCUGAUCUCAGGGUCACUCUUGCUGACCAAUCAACCUAUGAUGCAAAAGUUGUUGGUUUUGACCAAGACAAGGAUGUUGCCGUGCUGCGUGUUGAUGCGCCUAAAGACAAACUCAGGCCUAUACCUGUUGGUGUCUCUGCUGACUUGCUUGUUGGUCAGAAAGUGUAUGCUAUUGGGAACCCGUUUGGACUUGACCACACUCUUACAACUGGAGUCAUUAGUGGACUUCGGCGAGAAAUUAGUUCGGCAGCAACUGGUCGUCCGAUCCAAGAUGUUAUACAGACUGAUGCAGCAAUUAAUCCUGGUAACAGCGGAGGGCCACUCCUAGAUAGUUCUGGAAACCUCAUUGGAAUAAAUACGGCUAUAUACUCUCCAUCCGGUGCAUCUUCUGGUGUUGGAUUUUCUAUUCCUGUCGAUACGGUCAAUGGCAUUGUUGAUCAAUUGGUGAAGUUUGGGAAGGUUACUAGACCUAUUUUAGGAAUCAAGUUUGCUCCAGAUCAAUCUGUAGAGCAAUUGGGGGUAAGUGGAGUGCUUGUCUUGGAUGCUCCUGUCACUGGUCCAGCUGGAAAAGCAGGCUUACAAUCAACAAAGCGUGAUUCAUAUGGUAGACUCAUUUUAGGCGACAUAAUAACAUCUGUGAAUGGUAAUAAGGUUGCUAAUGGAAGUGAUUUGUACAGAAUUCUUGACCAAUGUAAAGUUGGUGAUAAGGUGAUUGUGGAGGUGUUGCGAGGAGACCACAAAGAAAAGAUCCCCGUCAUUCUCGAGCCGAAGGCCGACGAAACAUGAUGUGCAACUCAUUCUGCAUUGUUCAUGUAUAUAUACACAUUUCAUUUUGCAGGGAAUGAAGCUGUUUAUGUGUAUUCUAAGGUUAUUUCCAAACAGUGUAGAUAUGUACUAUAGGACUGUACUAUUUGCUCCAACACAAGUUGAGAUUGAAAAAAGAAAGAAAAAGAGAAGCACAAGAAGAAACAUGCUAUGCUUAUUAUCACUGUGAAGAAUAGAUUCAUUCACUUA